AUGCUUGACCUACCAGAUGCGGAAGAAUUAGUUAAAAUGAAGGAAAAGCAACCGGAAACUACCGAACUUCCCUCUAAAGUGCAUCAUUUCUCAUGGCCACCCGGACAAGCAUUCCCGUUCGAAACCCUUCCACCGUAUCCAGCAGGACCUAAUCUCUCUAAGGUACGAUAUCCACGAGAUGUAUGCUCUCCACGAUACGUGUGUCCACAUUGUAGUGAGCAGUUUUCCUUUCAUCGCCUUCGAGGUGCUGUUGUAUGUCCAUUCUGCUAUAAUCGAGUAUCAGUGGGACGAUAUAAUCGGAGACUAUCAUACCAGUAUUUGGCGUUCGCCAGUACACUGUUAGUGAUGAGUGCAGCGUUGGCAGCGUUUUUCGCAUUAAUAACACCGCAAAGAGUUUAUCUUGUUAUUGCCGCUUGCUUUUCCCUGUUGUUCUCGUUGGUGUGCUUCAUCAAAUCGUCUCAUCUGCGAUCCACGGCUGAAGAAGCCACAAUGGUUAUCGACGAUUACUGA